AUGAGAUGGCAGUGCUUCGAUGGGUCGCUCACAGCCGCUUCCUCUCUGACCGGACUCGCGCUUGUCCUUCUCCUGGAGACUCGCCCCCAUGGUCGUGUUACUCUGACUGAAGGCAAGUCGACACGUUCCUGCGAGCUCUUCCUCUACCCCUUCCUAUCAUUUCUACUCUCCUCUCCUUCCCCUUCCCCUUCUCAUCACUGCUGUGUCAUUUUCAUAUUUCUACCGCUCGCCAUCACUUGUGCGCUGAGCCCGGCGGUAGACGCUCUAGUCGUCAAGCCCAGCACCAUCCCUCAGGCUGGCCUUGGGCUGUUCGCCGCUGUUGACAUACCAGCGGGCACAGAGAUCGGACGAUACGCAGGAAGCCUUUGGCCACAAGGGCUGUGGCUGCGAUGGAAAGGAGCGAAGCUGGGUGACGUUCUCUCGACGGCUCCUUCCUCGGAGCCUCUCGUCCGCCUCCACUUCAUGCUCAGCGACGGGACUCUAUUGGAUCACGUCCCUUACAUUCUACCCUGGGUGAAGGUCUCGACCAAACUGUCCAGGAUGAACGAGCCUUCUCUCGGGAGGGACGUGAAUGUGGUGACCGAGGAGGACGGAGAUUCGCUCGUCAUGAAAGCAGAGUUUGACAUCGGUCCGACUCCGUCCCAUCUGCUGGAGCGCAGCUGA